AUGAGGUUGAGAAAUCGAAAAUCGCGGCUUAUUCUCUUGCUGCUCCCCUCGCUCGCGGCGGCGGCCGCUGCCCUUGCCGACAGCCAGUCCGUCUCGGAAUCCACGGCGUCUACCAAGAAGAUAGUUACCGGUACCAAGGCUGCGCCUGUCGACGGGAAAGAUGGAAAGCCGCACGCCGGCCCGUUUGUCGGGCUCGAUAACAGCGACACAUCCACGAAGGAUCUGCCGGCUCUGAAACACCGCCCAGCCGACCCCACCAUAGUGGACGGGAAGAGAAUACCUGAGAGCAACGAUGGCGUUAUGGACGACAAGAAUCGACCGGGUCCUAAAAAGGGCACCACAGGGACGGAAGGAGGGGUGAGCGAGAAGAACAAGGAGAAGAAGCUAAAGGAGCAGGCUGGCGAAAAGGUUGAGAACAAGCCACAGACGCCCAAGGAAGCGCCUCAUUUACCGCACUCGGAUGAAGAGAAGGUUCUAUCAGACGGCCAGGGCAAACACGGCGACUAUUCUGCCGACUACUCUGCGGACCAGGUCUCUGGGCUCGAGAAACCAGCCGACCUUCCUAGCAAGACGCAUGACAAGCCCCCUCCAGUCCCGGAGUCCGUGGCCAAUAUCGAUCAUCUCGAUGUCUCGAAGGGCCAAAAGCCGGGAAAGACGUCCGAAGUCGAGAGCGAAGGGAGCGAAGGCCUCAUCCAACCGUUCCACUCGUUUGUGCUCUCUCUCACAAUGAUUCUCUUUUCCGAAAUCGGUGACAAAACGUUCCUCGUUGCCGCCCUCAUGGCCAUGAAGCACCCCAGGAUGUUGGUCUUCUCAGCGGCCUUGAGCGCCUUGAUCACCAUGACGGUGCUCUCGGCCGUCUUGGGGCACGCGGUGCCCAGCCUGAUCUCGAAGCGUCUCACAAAUUUCCUCGCCGCGGCGUUGUUCCUGGUUUUUGGCGGCCGCCUGCUGCGCGAGGGACUCGCCAUGAGCCCCGAUGAGAGCGUGUCCGCCGAGAUGAAGGAGGUGGAGAUGGAGCUGGAGGAGAAGGAGAGCCUCGCGCGCAAGGAGGCUCAGGACCGGUCCGGCGUCUCGCCGUACGCCCUGGAAAUGGGCCUCGGCACCCGCAAGUCCCGGUCCAAAUCCCGCUUCCCCGCGCCCGCGAGGAGCCCUUCGACUUCGCCCGACGGACGGAGCCCGUCGCCGCGCCCGAGCACGGUUGCCUCGUUCCUGUCGGGCCUCAACAACCUCGUCUCGCUGCUUCUGAGCCCGGCUUGGGUGCAGACGUUUGUCAUGACCUUCCUGGGAGAAUGGGGUGACCGCAGCCAGAUCGCUACAAUUGCUAUGGCGGCCGGCCAGGACUACUGGUGGGUGACUCUAGGCGCCGUCUUGGGCCAUGCCUGCUGCACUGGUGUCGCCGUCAUUGGAGGCAGGGCCAUUGCAGGCAAAGUAAGCCUCAAAGUUGUGACGGUCGGUGGAGCCAUCGUGUUCCUCUUUUUCGGCAUUAUCUACCUGGUUGAGGCGUUCUACACAUAG